AUGGUCUCCUUUGGUAGGAACUGGUGUCAGUACACAGUGUCGAAGACUGUGUCAUGCCAGGUGCACAACGGGACUGAGACGCUGGUACAGCGUAUGUUUCAGAGUUGCCGUUGGCCGGGACCCUGUUCUAACCUCAUCAGGUAUGGAUCGCACAGUUCACUCACUCACUCCCACUGGCCCUUCAUGCAGUGUGAGUGCCAUGCAGUAGAAAAUACAACUUCAGACAUGAGAGGUUCUGAUUUCAGAGUUGCGCUGGGACUAUCUCGAGUUGAGGGAUUAUCUGCUCAAGUCACUGCAUGUAAUUAAAAAGGCAAUGCACAGUAGCCCCACAAUGUCAAUUCACUGUCAACAAACUAUAUAGAUAUACAUCCUAAUGGGUUGCAGUUGCUUACAAGGUCACAAACCAUCUUGCUGAGCCGAAAGCUUUGGGGGAAGGGCUACCAUUUCCAGGUUUCUCUUGGUUGUCUUCAGGACAGCUAUGGGUCAAGUGCCACUCUACAUUUUGGUGGGCUUUGCUGCCAGACGUUAUACAGGGAUCAUGAUUAUGAUGUUUGUAUAUUUUUAGCCUAAAGGGUCCUUAAUGUCAUCCAGCUUUGACUGCAGAGAGUCUAAUGACUGAUAUUUAAGCCCCAUGGAAAGGUUAUUUGUUUGUUGGUUGAAGAAGGCAGAUUUACUCCCUAGACCACCACACAGAGCAGCAAGUCAUCCACCAUUACGGCAUAUGAAUAUGAUUUUUCCCAUUCCAGUAUUCCCAUGUCUGCCAUUGCUCCCAGAAAAGACACUGAUGUAAAACCAUAGCCGUUUAUCAUAUAGAUUUGUGUGAUUUGCAACUGUUUGGUUGCAUUCCAUUGUUUUAUGUCUUUGGGAUCAAUCCAGAAAGACUACUUUAAUGGAACUCCCUGUAUUCGGUCAUAAUGUUAAGCUUGGAUCGGCAUUGUUAUUUUAUCCCUAUGUUAUAGACAGGUUCAACAUCUUUUGAUUUUGAGUUAUUCCCGUGUAAAGAGGUCAACGUAUUCUCUCCCUUGUAAAGGAUUUGAAUGACGUCUGUGAAGGUUUGACUUAAUGUUACUGACAUCAGUGUAAAGGCCUCUAAUGAUGUCCGUGAAGUGAACAUCUGCCCCAGUGCCACAGUGCUGCCCGUCAGUGACUAUACUCUGUUCUCAGUUACAGGACACUUGUCCGGCCCACGUACAUGCUGACGUAUCGCCAGGUGACAGCGUUGGAGUGGAGGUGCUGCCCCGGCUUUAUGGGAAACGACUGCAGAGAGGGUGAGUACUGUACCUGUGUUGUCUGUCUGUGUCUGUGUCUGCCUGCCUUUUACACUCAGAGAACUGGUGAGCUGGAGGUAGGAAUGCCACAAGGGCACUGCAAUCAAAACUGUAGUCCCCUUGUGUACCUCAUGCAUUGGUUUCAUCCUAAACUCCCUGCUAUGUAUGACAUCAAAAUCACAGGCUGAAAAACAAUGGCCGAUCAUCACUCGCUCAUGCACUGUAUUCUUGGCUGGGCAUUUUGUUUUUGUGGUUUGUUUUGUUUUGUUUAUUGAAUCUCCUUACUGUGGUGUAAGGAAGACAAAAGAUAGGGAUAGUCACUGAACCAAAAGUUCAACUUGGCUCUAAAUGACAGAUUCCCUAUACUUACUGGUCCUCCCUCUUGGUUGGACUCACUGUUCUGCUUCUUCUUGGUAAAAAUGUCCUUAUAGUAAGUUAAUGGACCAAGACACAGUGUUUCUUAUGUUCUCAUGCCACCAAUAUGGUGGUUCAGAUUUAUGACUGGUGUCUGUUACAGAGAACACGGCUCUGCUCCCCAUUUCAGACUGUAGCUCUGUUCAACAUAGGAUUGAUGACCCUCCUCUGCUGCAUCAUUCGUGGGGGACGACAUGUUUACUGUUGUUUACUUGUUUCUAUCUGUAUGCACUGCUAUCUAUCUUUUCUAUCUUGGUGUUCCAGUGGCUACCCCUGAUGAUGCUGCACUCUGA